AUGAACGUCGACCUGAAGAAGUACGAGGGCAUGCUAAGAAAAGUAAGUGCAGAGGAAAAAACAUUAAGAUACAGGAAAAGAAUCUUGGUGUUUACUGGAGUAGAUGCACUUGCUCUUCUUAUGAAGAAUGGAAUAGAUGCAGAACAAGCCAAAUGCAUCAUGCAAGAUCUUCUUGACGAGAGCAUUCUGUUCAAGAUAGCUUUAAAUAGGAAAAACACACGGGACUGCGACGUAAUGCUUGAUCAGAAGUUCCACGAAGAGCAUAAAUAUGUAUUUGCUGAUGAAAAGACAUCCAAUACGUCACUUCUGAUAUGCGGAGCAUUUGUAUUGAUUAUACUUUCUAUUGUACUGUUCAAAAUGUGGCCAAGACACAUCCAGCAGCGCGCAUUCUCGCUUAUGAUGUAUCCACUUGGGGGUUUUGUUGCAUUCAUCAUUGUGAUUGCAAUAAUACGCUUCGUAUUAUUUGUUGCAACAUACUUUGUGUAUCCUCCAGGAAUAUGGCUGUUUCCAAGACUGUUUGAGGAUGUGGGCUUCUUUGAAAGCUUUGUUCCUGUAUGGGAGUACCACGGGAAACGAACAAAAUGCAAAGUCGAAUAA